AUUAUGGUUAUUCUUUUCGGACUUAUCAUGACUGAGGUUCUUCACAGAACUAUGGCUGCUAUGAUUGGCGCAGCUCUUUGCAUGGUCACACUUGCAGUGCAGAAUCGUGUCCCAUCGCUCACCAAAGUCGUUGGUUGGAUGGACCAUGGCACUCUUGGUCUUCUCUGGGGUAUGAUGCUCAUCGUCGGCAUUACGAUGAGAACGGGUGUGUUCGAGUGGACGGGAGUUCUUGCUUGCAAGAUGUCUGGUGGAAACAAGACCAAACUCCUCCUCCUCCUUUGCAUUGUGACAGCCGUCCUCUCCGCUUUCCUGGACAACGUUACCACGAUUCUUCUUAUUGCUCCUGUGACCUGCAAGCUCUGCAAGCUGGUGAACAUUGAUCCAAGGCCCUAUCUCAUCAGUGAGGCGAUCUUCUCCAACGUUGGUGGGACGUCGACCAUGAUUGGUGACCCUCCAAACAUCAUCAUCGGCAACUUGUUGGCCAAGUACCUGGAUUUCAACGCUUUCUUGUUCAACUUGGGUCCUGGCGUUAUCCUGAGCAGCCCCUUUGCAUUCUACUACCUCGUCUAUUACUUCAAGGAUGGAGUGAAAGGUCACCUCUCCGUCGACAUCCCCAAAUUGCAGAAGAUGUACCCAAUCACAGACAGACCUCUCCUCAUCAAGUGUGGAGUUGUCUUGGGUUGUGUCAUCUGCUCCUUCUUCUUGCAUCCUGUCACUCAUCUUGACCCUGCCUGGAUCGCGAUCAUGGGGGCCGUCUGGCUGCUGGUUGCCUUCGACAUGCAUCACUGCCACGAGGCUCUGCAUGCCGUUGAAUGGGACACGCUUCUCUUCUUCGCUGCUCUCUUUGUUGUGGUGGAGGGUGUGGGUGAACUUGGCUUGUUGCGCUUCAUUGCCAACACGCUGAGCGGGAUGGUGGCGACGGUGCCUGUGGAGGGGAGGCAGUACUUCUCCCUCUUCCUCAUCUGCUGGGCCUCUGCGAUCUUCUCUGCCUUCGUCGACAACAUUCCCUUCACUGCCACCAUGGUCCCCGUCAUGAUGCAGAUGGUUGAGACUGUUCCGGGGAUCAGCAUCGAGCCCCUUGCGUGGGCGCUGGCGUUUGGAGCAUGCUUCGGAGGCAACGGGACGCUGAUUGGGGCUUCGGCAAACAUCGUUAUGGCAUCCAAGGCAGAGACUGAGGGAUACCAUAUCUCCUUCGUGGAUUUCUUCCGAAUCGGAUUCCCCGUGAUGAUCAUCACCGUAGUAGUUAGCAACAUCUACCUCUUCAUCCUCAACGCUAUGUUCUGGCAAUCUCACGCUGGCGCGUGAAGUCAGCAGCCUCCUCCCGUUCAUCGUGCUAGUUUACUGCCGUAAAUCAAAGAUCCUUUCACAUCUCACAUG